UGUUUGUGUUCUUCUUGUGUUGUGUUGUGAUGUCAUGUUCGAUGUUCGCCUGGCUGUGUAUAAUUUGUUGAUUAUUCUCUAAAUUUUUAUUAAAUUAAUUAUGAAAAAUAACCUCAGCUCAGUGUAAUUGAUAAGACAAAUUAUUAACAAUUCGAAGAAGUUUGGCGUGGAUUCAUAACGCAUACUAAACAUUAAAUCAAAAUGGAGUGCACCCAAACAAAAUAGAUAAAAUUGAAAACCAUUUGCCAAAACUCAUUCUGCAACUUUCUAAAUAACUUUAACAAAAAUCAUCUAAAAAAAAAAACAAACAAAUAAACAUAAAAAAAGGCAAAAACACAUCUUUAAAAAAACAUUAAAAAUGCAAUCGUCUGUUCCUUUACAACCACAAAUUAAUCAUCAAAUACUUUUAGUUAAUUUAAGAAAAUCGAUUGAAUUGUGGUUUCUAGAUAAACGGCAUCAAUCCGAAUCAGACGACGACGACGACGGAUGGGAUGAUUUGUAUUUUGGGAUACAAAAAGAUAUUGCUGCAAUUAUAUCCGAUGGGCUUCAGUUGAGCUUGCAAUUGCCAAAUAAAGUUCGUUUACAAAAGUUCGCCGAUGACUUAUGUUGGCUAAGGGCUUCGGUCCAAGCAAAAAACCAAAGCUUCAUUUCAGUGUCCGAAUUAAAUACUGCCAAAAGUUUUCUAACAAAAUGGGUUCAAGAAACCAUGGAGGAUAACUGCCUGUGUGCUUGCGUGCAAUUAUUAGUCACCGAUAAGGACAUACUCACCACAUACUAUACCAAAUAUUCUUACAUUCGUAACGAAAAAUAUGCAACUGCAUUGUUCAUUUGCAUUUCUGCAGUCGAAUUAAGUCGUUGCUCGUUACUUACCCAAAUUGAUGUGUCGUUAUUUGGAGAAAGUCCCUUCAAAACCAAACGAGCCACAUCACAUCCAAAUCUCUCCAUCUCACCUCAGCCGAAGAGAACAACAGCCAGAUUGUGGCAACAAGACAUCUCCGAUGGUAUUGUUCAAAUAAAAACUCCUCGAUCCAUAAGUUCGAUCCGUAAAUGGAACAGUGUGCCGGCCUUGAAGCAUGUAAAUACAAAAAAACGUUCCCGAAGUCAAACACUCGGCAAUCCGCGAGAAUUGUCAGAGAAUAUUGGAAGAUUGCACAAAGCAUUAGGUAUUCAAAAUAAGAGAAUCAAAGCCAACGAAAUGCAAGUUGGAUCACUCAAAUCUACUUCAUCCUCAUCCGACUACAGUAAGACAUCUACAGAAUCGAAUAGUAGUUCCUCGAUAGCAAUCGAGCUAAUCAAAUGCGACCACAUUAAAAUCUGGGUAGACCAUAGUACUUAUAGCCAAAGCAGUACGAAUGCACAAAACAACAAAGAGGCACCGAUUGUGGGAACAUCUUCGCUCGAUAUGAAUUGUGAAACAAGUCCCAACUCUCGCAGCAGCUCGAGUCCGAUAAACACAUUUCUUUCGAAUAUAUUCUCGGUUCCGUCGUUUCGUGCCAAUUCGGGUAGUUGGAAUGAUAGCUUCCCAUCGCUAUGUCACUCCUCAUCGACGACGACGCAGAAUGAAAGUGUUUUGAAUUCAUUUCUUCCACGGUGCGGUGAAAAGUUGCCAGGGCGAAAAACGAGUAGUUUGUUUGAAGAUCCGAAUUCACCGCAAAUUGGAAAAACAAUUUUGGCGGGUCAAUCAGUUGGUGAGCAAAGUUUGGCUGCAUUUUUAGAAAGAACACAGUUCUCGAGAAGCAAUAACGAUUUGGAAAGAGAAAACGCCCACUUUCGAAUAUGUGAAGCUAUUAUAUCCGCAAUCGAAAGAAUUAAAUGCCAAAAAUUAGAAGCAGAUAGAACAAAAGUUAUCGAAUCAUCCGAUGAAAUGAAUGAUCGUCCUGGAACCUCAUCAAACUCUAACGAAAAUUUAGAAUCAUACAAAGAACAAACAACGAGCAAUGAAUUGAACGUUCAACAAACAUCAUCUACUUCAACUGAGGAUAUACUCAACAUGAAAGAUCACAUGCCGUAUGCUGAACUGGGUGAAAGUUCCUUGGAUGAUGUUCAUUCAGCUAAAAAUAUUGGACUUUCAUUGAUUUCAAAAUUUAAAGAUAAAAGUCUUCCGAAAGUAUCUGACUUGGAGUGGCUCGUAUCAGAAGAGGAUACACCACAAAGUCUUCUACCAAUGCCACAACAAUCUAAUAAUCCUGAUGACAAUAUUAUGCCGUUGGUAACGAGAGGGACAAGAUAUUGGGCACCACCCAGACAACAAAUAAUUUUUACAAAUCACCCUUCACCACAGAGAAAACUUCUUAUUCAAAAACAGAACUAUCGCUGUGCUGGUUGUGGAAUGCGAGUGCCAGUCAGUCACAUCAAGAGCUUUCGAUACUGCACUUACUUAGGCAAAUACCAUUGUACAGGUUGCCACCGAAACCAAAUAUCAGCAAUACCAUCCAAAGUUCUUCAUUUAUGGGAUUUUAAAUUUUAUCCUGUAAGUGUGUUCGCUUAUCGUCUAUUGGAGCAAAUGUGGACCUAUCCACUGUUUUAUGUUCCCGACCUUAAUCCUGCGCUGUAUGUCAAAAGCAAACAGCUAAGAAAUGCAAGACUGAAAAGAGUGCAAGCCCAGUUUGUAAAAGAAUUUAUUACAGUUUGUCGUUUAGCUGAGAAUGAACGAGUGUAUUUUGCAUCAGUGCCUGACUAUAUUACGACUGAUCCCGAUACAUGGUCAAUGUCCGACCUAAUUGACUCGAAAACCAACACCAUCCACAAGUCCCUACAAGAUUUAAUAAAGAAAUGCGAAGAUCAUAUAAUUGAUUGUGUACUUUGUACAGCGCGUGGAUUUAUAUGUGAAUUUUGUCGCAAAGAAACCGUCAUUUUCCCUUGGCAACCUAAGGUAUUACGAUGCGAUAAAUGUGGAUCUUGUUUUCACAGUAAUUGCUGGAAAUCGCAAUUCGACUGUCCGAAAUGUCAAAGACUUAAAUCUCGCCAAAUAGAGACUUAGUACAAUUACAAUUAUUAUGAACUUAAGUAAUUGAGGUGGUGCAUAUUUUAUUUUAGAAGAAUUUACAGUUUUUUUAAACUUUUCUUUUUUUUUUAAACCAUGAUAACAACAACGUAUAUGUGAUAUUAUAAUUGAAGAUUCUAUCAAUUAAGUUAAAUAAAAAAAUAUACAAUACUAAAUAUAUAUAUAUAUAUUAUAUUAUGUACACAUGUAAUAUAAAAUAUUCGUAUAAAAAAUCUAUAUAAAAACAACAAAAAAACAAUAAAUAAAUACAUCUACGCCUAAAUCAAAUAAAAUUCC